GCAGCUGUGCGUUUGACGGCUGAUCUGUCAACGAGGCCCGUGAGCCGGGCGAAAGAAAUGUGGUGUGUUUUGAUUGAGUAACAACAGUACCGAAUGCCGGGAUAUUGGUGCAUUUUCUCUUAUUAAGUAAAGUGCUUUGGCAUCGAUCCAUUCGCGAUGAAUCAGGCGGAAGUAACGAAGCUGAUGUCGCAGCUGCGAAUUGCGGUCCGACCGCGGCACCGCAACCUCAAAAACAUCGACGGACCGGAGGGCCGGCUGGCCAAGCUGCGCAAAACGGUGACGGCACUGGUGAAGCACGAGCGCAUCGAACUCAACUACCAGCGGGCGGACGAGGCGCGCGGCUACGCGGAGCGGCUCAUCUCGGACGCGAUCCGGCACGGCGACUGCCACAAGCCGACGAUGGAGAUGGCCGACUACUGGCUGCUGGAGAAGCAGCUGGUGCACAAACUGUUCAAGGUGCUGGUGCCCCGGUUCGAGGAGUACAAGGUUUCCGCCACGCGUAUGUACAAAGCCCCCAAGGAGUACCCGGGCUGGUACCGGAAGCGGGCGGUGCUGGAGCUCCGGGGCAACCCGUACCCGGCGUUGCUGCCCAACCAAUCCAACAACCGGAACCUGCUGCACAACGUGCUGAUGGACGAGGCGAAGAAGGACUACCGGCGGGAGAAGUAUGCGGAAAUAGCGGCACAGAUCGGCACUGAGGCAGCGGUCCCUGGCAGCGGGGAGCAACCAAAGGCAGUUUAGAGCAACCCACGUGUACAUAGAAUAGAGUAUCAUUCAUUUGUUUAGAGUUAAAGUAGAGCGGCGUACUGAAAAGAAUAAAAACUUCCCCUAACAAGGAAGGGCGCGCGAGCAGCGACGAGUUUUGCUUGCAUUCGCGCAAACCAAA